GACUGCGCAACGCCUGCGGGACAGCCAUCACCCAGGCAUUCAGCAGCUUCGUUCUUCGGUCCUUCUCAAUAGCGCUCCGGAGGCAACUGUGGAAGAAGUCAAUUCCCAUAUGCUACAACAGGCCACGGUACUCUUCCCAGCGGUAUGUGGCAAGCCUACCGCCACUGGCGUCAAAGCUCCGGCGGCAGGCCGUCGCAACAUCUUUACAGUCUGGACUCGUGAAGCCAAACGGGCAUGGUUCUACGAUCAGAUCCUCGGUAUGGAGCGUCCCAACGGUGAGCUCUGGUCGCCCACGCAACAGGUGCACUGUCUUCAGACCUUCUUUAAGGACCUAUAUGCGCCGGAGGAUGAGCCGGAGCUACCCUCCUUGCCUCCACUCCAAGCUCCAGUUAUCACUCCUGAAGAGGCUCACCAUAGGCUUAGCCGUCUCCCGGUCCACAAGGCCACUCCCUCGCAUCAGGCACCCACAGCGGCCACUGUCGCUUGUGCUGACAUCUUGGCGCCUUGGUUCAGCCGGAAAGUUGGGGCCCUGUCUUCCUUUCCGGCAGUUUGGUCCGACUGCUGGCUGUUCUUAAUGCCCAAGGUCAGUCAUCCUGUUCUGCCACGGCAAUUUCGCCCUAUCGGGCUCACGGAAAGCACAGGCCGUGCGCUGGCGGGACAUCUACAGGACGCUCUCAAGCCUUAUCUUCAGGCUUUUGUAGGCCCGUGGCCUCAGCUUGCCUAUAUGGCAGGACGCAGCACCGGAGAAGCGCUCCAUCGAGUUUUCUCCCACUGCCACACGGUGUCGGCUGCCAACAAGAAGCCUGUCUACAACAUCCAUGCAGCCAGAGCCAAACUCACCCAGGCAGCCUCUUCCUCCUCGAGACAGACUCCGUCGUCAUCCGGUCGGCUGCGGACCGGAGGCGUCCAGGCUUCGCUGGACCUGUCUCAAGCCUUUGACCGGCUGAGCUGGCAUCUUAUUCACGACGCCUUGAUUGAAGCUCAGGUUCCACUUGAGCUUAGAGUACAGCUCCUUGAAUUUUACCGAGGCCUGGGGUAUCAUCUGGCUUACGGCUCCGAGACGGCCCUUCGGGGCGUAAAACAAGGCUGUCGUGUGGCGCCGCUCCUAUGGAGUCUAGCAACAGGCUUGCUUCUACGCCGGCUGGCAAGGGUCACGUCGUCAGAAUGGGUCCGCCGUGCCCUCACUGCAUUUGCAGACGACUUCCACAUCGGACAGGUCAUUCACUCCAGUCGUGAUUUGCUUCUGGCUAUCGAAAGGCUCGGACUCGUACUGCAGUUGCUGAUUGAAGCACGGAUGAAGGUCAACAUAGACAAGUCGGUGGUUCUCCUUUUGGUAAACCAUUCCUACGCCAGUCGCUGGCGACGCCGGGAAAUUGUGUCCGACAAACAAGGCCCUCGCUUGCGCAUAUCGACCCCGUCUGUUGGCAUCCUCAAACUGCCGAUUGUCGAUUCUCACAAGUUUCUUGGGGGCGAUUAUCUCUUACCAGGAGGACUGCACGCAGCUCACGGUGGCCUACCGAUUGCGGCAAACCUGGGCAACCUGGACCAGACUUCGGCCGGCUCUCACCUUAGCUUCUGCACCGGCUCUUCCGCUGAGACUCAGACUCUGGCAAGCCUGCAUUCCACCUACGGCCCUCUACGCACUUGA